AUGUUGCGUAGAUCCUUGGUGUUCUUGGAAAACUGGAAGUCGGCGAACUUGCAAACCACGAACACAGCUACCAGCUCUCCCUCGGAUAAAUGGUCACGCACGGGGAGAGGGAUGCUGAAGCUAAAUACAGAUGCGGCACUCCACAGUAGCUCUGGUACAAUGAGCCUUAGCUGGGUUUUAAGAGAUGAUGAAGGCAGGUUCUUGGCUUGUAAGAAUAUGUUCGUACAGGGCAAUUACACGGUGAUGGAAGCUGGGGCACUGAGCGUAAGGGAGGCACUAAGUUGGCUACUAGGCAUAGGCAUGGGAAAUGUGGAAGUUGAAAUGGAUUGCCAAAUUGUCUUUAAUGUUUUGCGUUCGUCUUCGUUUAGUUCUUCUUUUGGUUUAUUAAUUGAUGAUGUAAAGGAGUUAGCAACCGCGAUUGGCGGUGUUGAAUUCGUUUAUGCUAGACGGUCUGCGAAUUGUGCCACCGACACUGUUGCGCGGGGGGCCUUUUCUGAGACAGACCGUGGGGAGUGGUUCGACACAUCCCCGCAUUUCCUUGUUGAUUGUCUUGAUUAUGACUUAAUGAAUUAG